GGAAGACAUGAGCACAAUGUGAUCAGUAUGAACACAAGAUUAAAUCUUUAUUUUGAAGGCCAAUACUGGAGCACAUCUGAGCUACUAUGAGCUAUUCAGCUUGGAAUUAUAGUCCUUUUUAUAUUCUAAAUAAGACUUGAAUCCAAGGUGAAGAAGGAAAUAGAUGAACACCAGAAGUUAAAUGAUGGUGGACUCAAUGGCAAUUUAAAAGAGCUAUGGCUGCAGAGGAGGUAUUUCAGAGCGUGGAUCAUUAUAAGACUGAGAUCGAAAGGUUGACCAAGGAGCUCACUGAAACAACCCAUGAAAAGAUCCAGGCUGCUGAAUAUGGCCUGGUGGUCCUGGAAGAGAAGCUCACCUUGAAGCAGCAGUAUGAUGAGCUGGAGGCUGAAUAUGAUGGCCUUAAGCAAGAGCUAGAGCAACUGAAAGAGGCGUUUGGACAGUCAUUUUCCAUCCAUCGCAAAGUAGCUGAGGAUGGAGAGACCCGUGAAGAAACACUACUGCAGGAGUCCGCUUCAAAGGAGGCCUACUACCUGGGGAAGAUUCUGGAAAUGCAGAAUGAGCUGAGGCAGAGCAGGACCGUGGUCACCAACGUUCAAGCUGAGAAUGAGAGACUCACAGCUAUUGUUCAGGAUCUGAAAGAGAACAAUGAGGUGUUAGAGCUGCAGAGAAUAAGAAUGAAGGAUGAAAUCCGAGAAUACAAGUUUCGAGAAACCCGCCUCCUUCAGGACUACACUGAAUUGGAAGAGGAAAAUAUUACUUUACAGAAGUUGGUGUCCACAUUGAAACAGAACCAGGUGGAAUAUGAAGGCCUAAAGCAUGAGAUUAAAAGAUUUGAGGAAGAGAUGGUAUUGCUGAAUAGCCAGCUAGAAGAUGCCAUCCGGUUGAAAGAAAUUGCUGAGCGCCAGUUAGAAGAAGUCCUGGAGACUUUAAAAAAUGAAAGAGAACAAAAGAACAACCUGAGAAAAGAACUCUCCCAGUAUAUUAAUCUCAAUGAAAGUGUGUACAAUAAUCAUAUCAAUAUCUCAGUAGAUGGACAAAAAUUUGCAGAGGAUGUGACUGAACCAAACAACGAUGACAAAAUGAAUGGACACGUCCAUGGGCCACUUGUGAAAAUGAAUGGAGAUUAUCGGACUCCAGGAAGGAAAGGAGAAACUCUCCACCAGGUUUCGGACUUAUUCAGUGAGCUUAACAUUUCAGAAAUGCAGAAACUGAAGCAGCAACUUAUGCAGGUAGAGCGAGAAAAAGCCAUUCUUCUGGCCAAUCUUCAGGAGUCCCAAACUCAGUUGGAACACACAAAGGGGGCACUGACAGAACAGCAUGAGCGGGUUCAUAAGCUCACAGAACGUGUCAAUGCCAUGAAGGGCCUACAGAGUGACAAAGAGCUGAAGGCAGAGCUGGAUUGUGAGAAGGGCAGGGACUCAGGGGAACAAGCCCAUGACUAUGAAGUUGAUAUCAAUGGCUUAGAGAUUCUCGAAUGCAAAUAUAAGGUUGCUGUUACAGAAGUGAUUGACCUGAAGGCUGAAAUUAAGGCCUUGAAAGAGAAAUGUAAUAAGUAUGUAGAAAACUACACAGAAGAGAAGGCCAAGUAUGAGAGCAGGAUUCAAAUGUACGAUGAGCAGGUGACAAGUCUAGAGAAAACUACAAAGGAAAGCGGUGAGAAAAUGGUCCACAUAGAAAACGAGUUGCAAAGGAUGACGAGUAUAGCCAACGAAAACCAUAAUACCCUUAACACAGCUCAAGAUGAGCUUGUAACUUUUAGUGAAGAAUUAGCUCAGCUUUACCACCAUGUAUGUCUGUGUAAUAAUGAGACUCCCAAUAGGGUCAUGUUGGACUAUUAUAGGCAAAGUAGAGUAACCCGCAGUGGAAGCCUAAAAGGACCUGAUGAUCCCAGGGGACUUCUGUCACCACGGCUCACCAGGAGGAGUAUUGUAUCACCAGUAGAAACAAGGACCCAAUCAGAAUCAGUUUUGAAGGAAAACACAGAUGCCAACAAAGAACAAAGUCCAACUAAAACACCAACAAUCUCCCCUGUCAUUACUGCCCCUCCUUCAUCCCCAGUGUCAGACACCAGUGAUAUUCGAAAAGAACCAAUGAAUAUCUACAACCUCAAUGCCAUUAUUAGGGACCAAAUCAAACACCUACAGAAAGCAGUGGACCGGUCGUUACAACUGUCACGUCAACGGGCAGCUGCACGAGAACUGGCACCAAUGAUAGAUAAAGAUAAGGAAGCCUUGAUGGAAGAGAUUUUGAAAUUAAAGUCACUGCUGAGCACAAAACGGGAGCAGAUAGCCACCUUGAGGGCAGUGUUAAAAGCCAACAAACAGACAGCUGAGGUGGCACUAGCUAACCUGAAGAAUAAAUAUGAAAAUGAAAAAACAAUGGUGACUGAGACCAUGACGAAACUUAGAAAUGAAUUGAAGGCCUUGAAAGAAGAUGCAGCAACUUUCUCAUCCUUGCGUGCCAUGUUUGCAACCAGAUGUGAUGAAUAUGUUACCCAGUUGGAUGAGAUGCAAAGACAGUUAGCAGCUGCAGAGGAUGAGAAGAAGACACUAAAUUCACUCUUAAGGAUGGCUAUCCAGCAAAAACUCGCCUUGACUCAGCGACUGGAGGAUUUAGAGUUUGACCAUGAGCAGUCCCGACGAAGCAAAGGCAAGCUUGGAAAGAACAAGCUCGGCAGCCCUAAAGUAAGUGGGGAGGCAUCAGCCACCGUGCCCACCAUUGACACUUUCUUCCUGCAUAGUCAGGGCUCACAGCCACCAAACAUACUGGUCAGCAGUGGCACUCAGAGGAAAAGACAAUUUUCACCUUCCCUUUGUGAUCAGAACCAUCCCAGGACUUCAGGGGCUUUCUACCAACAGCAUUUAUUAAGAGUCCCCCCUGAUCCCACCUCCACAGAAUCCUUUCUUCUGAGGGGCCCCCCUUCCCUGAGUGAAAUCAUCCAAGGGUACCGGCUCAACAAGGAAAAAAGGUUAACUGUGGCACCACCAGAUUGUCAGCAGCCUGCUGCCUCCAUAUCGCCACAAUGCUCACAACUAGCCAGGAGGCAAGACUGCCAGACUGUCAGUCCUAAUGUCAUUCUUCCAGAAGAGCAGCCACAUUCCAGCUCUCAGUGUGCCCCUCUCAACUGUCUCUCCCAGCCUCCUUAUCCCUAGUCUUCAUCUUCAACGGAAAAAAAUAAUGGAAUGGAAUUUGUACAACUAUUAUGCAGGCUACUCCCCAGCAUCCAGCAGGCAUUUCUGCCUAGUUGGUAACAUGAAUAAAACUUGUUUUAUUUCUACACUACUGGAAAUUGAGAGAAGGUUGAGAAAUGAACCACAGGCACAGGGGCCAGUCUGACAGGACGCUUGAUGGCUUCUCUGAUCGCAUACAAACUUAGAUAAAGAAUGUUUAGUGAUGUGAACUUUAAAAAAACAAAAUUCUGUUUCCAGAUGCUUGGUUUUAUCUUUUAAAUCAGAGGUACUUAAGUCAAUAUAAAAUAUAUGUUAGAAAAUCACAAAAUCCUAUCCUCAUUCAGCCACAGAAUUCUGAUUCAGAUAUUUUUGCAGUCAAUGGUAUUUAUUUAUUUUUAUUUUAU